UCCCGAAUAUAGAAGUGCGAUUGUCCGAGGGGCCCUGGAGGCAGCACACAGCAGUGAGCCAAAGCUACAUAGAAGAGUCAUGUUUUCUUCUACAUGUUAGUUUUUGGUCAUGGCUAAACAGUACGACUUUUUGUUCAGGUUGCUCAUGCUGGGAGACUCGGGGGUCGGGAAGACGUGCGUGUUGCGAAGGUUCACAGAAAGUGAAUUCGAUCCUUCACAUAUUUCCACCAUCGGAGUAGAUUUUAAAAUGAAAACACUAGAUCUCGAUGGAAUCAGGGUGCGAGUCCAGAUAUGGGACACGGCAGGUCAGGAACGUUAUCACACCAUCACCAAACAGUAUUACAGGCGUGCACAGGGUAUCAUCUUUGUAUACGACAUCACAAGCGAGUUGUCCUUUCAGCACCUAGUGAAGUGGGCCAGUGAUGUAGAUGAAUAUGCCCAAGACAAGGUGCAAAGGAUCUUGGUAGGAAACAAGUGUGAUGAGGAGUUUAGGAGGCAGGUGACAAAGGACCAAGGAAACAAGCUAGCCGAAACUUAUGGGAUGGAGUUCUUUGAGACCAGCGCCUUCAACAGCAUGAACAUCUGUGAGUCCUUCACUCGCAUGACAGAAUUGGUGCUGCAGGCCCACAAGAGAGACAUAGACAACUUGUUAGGCUCCCUCGAUGAUUAUCUGGAGAAGGCCAUUUUGGAAGAAGACAGUGAAGGCCUCGACAACAACACUCAGAAGACCUGCAUCUGUUAGAAAGAGGGCCAUCACGGUACCAUGGCUCAUACUGUAGCUAAAGACAUAUGUUGCCAACUGUGACAUGACCCAGCCCUCCUCUGCUUUUGUCAUAGAUACUGUGACCUGUUGGCCAGGAGGGCGCUCCUUUGGUUUCACUUUUCCUAUGUUGGUGCAGUGGUAAAUGCAGUUACCAGCUUCACUCACUCUCUUUACUUUUCCGCCGGUGUAAUGCAGUAUAUAUCUACAAAUUGACUGGUGACAGGUGGAUCCCUUUAAAAAAAAAAAAAAAAUGUAUUAUGACAAGGCAGCCAGACGACAGAGUUGAAUUAUUUACUUCUUGGAACUCAAACCAGAGUGGAUUCUUUUACACAAUGGGCUUAUUUCUUCUAGAGCAACAGUGUUUUGCCAUGUUCAGUGACCUUUCUGAAUGCAGUGCAUGUUGGUUUACCAUCCUGAAUGUUUACAAGUAUUUGUUUCAUAAAUGUGACUGGCAUUGCUUACUGUAUGUUAUGCCUUUUAAGCAGUACUACAGCUGCUUAGAACAUGUUUCCGGGGUCUGCUCAGUUGCCACGCAAACGUCAUUUUAAUGUCAUGUUUGAAACUCAAGGAUGUUGC